CCGGGUCUUGCCACAUCGGCGGCAGCGGCGUCCUCCUCCUCCUCCGGCGAGCGGGCGCCCCUCCAUCCCUGCGCUCCCAGACAGAGCGGGGCGUUGCUCCGUACCGCUGAGACAACGGCGGGGCCUUCUGCGGGCUUCGGCAAAUGGAGCUCCGCAGCCGUCGCCUCUGCCGCUCUCCGGGACGCCCCUUUCGCCCAGGCCUCCGCCGCCGAGCCCGCCAGUCCCCGGCCUCCGCCGCAGCCGUUUAACCGCUGGGAGACGAAACUACCGGGCCGGCCGUUGGUGCAGAAAGCCCGCGCGCCUCCGCUCUCCUCGGCUGCAGCAGUCGCGGCGGUGCCGGCGAUGAGCGAGCGGCCGGCCGGGCAGCGGGGAAGGCGCAGCCCUCGCUCGACCUCCGCCCGCCGGCGGCGCUUCCUCCUCCUCCUCUUGUUGUUCUCGUCGCCUUAGAGCAGCGGCGGGCGAUGUGGAGCUCCGGCGCCGCCGUGCUGCAGCUCCUCUCCCGGGCGACCAAAUCCGCCGUUGCCCAUGGCGCCCGGCAGGACCUGAGCCGCUGGCUGCCUCGGCUGGGCGCCGCUGGGGAGCCGAGCGAGGCGGCGGCGGCGGCGGCAGCAGGGCUGUGUUUCGGGGAGCAGAACGGGCUGCACCCUUACGCGCACCCUGCCCCGGACCCGUCGGCGGAGGGGCUGCUGUGCCAGCUGCCCGACGCGGGGCCCGGCGCGGCAGAAGGCCGGACGUGGCGCUGGUCGUGCUGCCUGCUGGGCACCUGCUGGUGCAAGAGCUGCCUGAGCGUGUGCUUCUUGGCGGCUCUGUGCUUCGCCUCGCUCGCCCUCGUGCGCCAGUACCUGCGCGACCUGAUGCUCUGGGCCGAGAGCUUGGACAGCCUGGCCGGCGUGCUGCUCUUCACCGUGGGCUUCAUCGUGGUUUCCUUCCCGUGCGGCUGGGGCUACAUCCUGCUCAACGUGGCCGCGGGCUACCUCUACGGCUUCGUGCUGGGCAUGGGCCUCAUGGUGCUGGGGGUCCUCAUUGGCACUUUCAUCUCUCACGUGGUCUGCAAGAAGCUGCUGGCCCGAUGGGUGCUGGCCCGGAUCCAGGGCAGCGAGAAGCUCAGCGCCGUCAUCCGGGUGGUGGAGGGAGGCAGUGGCCUCAAAGUGGUGGCCUUAGCCAGGCUCACCCCCAUACCUUUUGGGCUCCAAAACGCAAUCUUCUCUAUAACAGAUCUUUCACUACCUAACUACCUGAUGGCUUCUUCUAUUGGAUUGCUUCCAACUCAGCUCUUAAACUCCUACCUGGGCACUACCUUGCGCACAAUGGAAGAUGUUAUUGCAGAACAGAGUGUUAGUGGUUAUUUCAUAUUUAGUUUACAGAUUCUGAUAAGUAUAGGCCUCAUGUUUUAUGUUGUCCAUCGGGCUCAAGUGGAGCUGAAUGCAGCCAUUGUUGCAUGUGAAAUGGAAAUGAAGACAUCGCUUGUUGAAAGCAGUCAUUCAAGCAACAGCAGUUCAGCAUUUUGCAACAAGAGGACGCUUGCAUUUUCUGGAGGAGGAAUCAAUAUUGUAUGAUUUCUCUUCUACCCCGCCCCCCUUCCCAAAGUAUUAUAUUAGGAUGUGGUGAACCUGAAUAGCCUAACCUAUUGCCUACACAUAAUUCUGAGCAUCUCAACAAGACUUAAAUCCCAAGCAGUUGACAGAUGUACUGUGGCACAAACCAUGCUGGUGGUUUUUAAAAUUGCACAGUGGAUGACUUUUUGCCAAGAAUCAAUAAGUGGCUAAGUAACUGUAAAUAUAGAUACACGUUUGGCUGCACCUUUUGUCAUCUCUCUACUUGUCAAGGCCUGUAGUCUGCACUUUAGGUUCUGUUUGAAUUUGCUUCUACAAACCUGAGAAAAAUACCCCCAAGGUAAAUAUUUUUCUGCUUAGCAUUGUUUAUAAGGCUAAAUAAUAAUAUACAGUAGAUCUUUUAGUACUGGUGAAUGAGUGUAAAGUAUGCAACUUCAUGUACAGUACUGCUGAAUGUGCUUAGCUUUCAAAAUAUUUCCAUGAAGGAGUAUGUUCUCCCUCAUGGACAGGCAAGCACUCAGCAUAGGGGAAGUUCCUUCCUCCAGGGCUGGAAAGGCAAAACAAGCACUUCCUGAGGAGGAGACACGUCUCCCUGGAUCCACAUUAUGUUCCUGUCUGUGACAGGGAACAAGGUUUCUCUGGGGAGUCUCUGGAGACCUGCUUGGAAAGAGAAACCAGGGAGAGGAGGGGUGGGGUUUUUGUUUGUUUGUUUUUUAUUGCUAUAUCUGGGGCCAUUUGGCUUCCCUUUAUCCUGUUUUUUGUUUCAGCUUAGGCUGAACGGGAUGGGUGGGAGGGAAGGAAACCUUAUAUAAAUCUUUGGUUGAAUGUAUUUUUGUAAGCCACUGAAAUGUUGUGGAGCCAUUCAUAAUUUUUCACGCAAGUUUAAAUCCUACAUUGUGGGACUGAAGUGCUCUUAUAUAACAUUUUAAGUUACACUGUGUAAUAUGCAAAGUAAAAGGGAAACUACGGAGUAUAUGAUGGAUUGUGGCAAAUAGUAGUCUAACAGAGAACUUGCAAGCUAAAUGCAAGUCUUUUUUCUGGCUUUACCAACUUUGGCAGUAACAAAAGGGCUCUUCCAUUAUAAUCCCAUUUCUAGUUAAUAAUAAAAAGUUUUGGGGGGUGUAUAGGUCAGUUUCACUUUGUUACAUGCAUGAUAAGACGUACAAAAGAGGAGGAACUAAAUCUUUCUGAGAAUACUACGGUACUAAUGCAUCACGUGGCCUUUAUUUUAUAUGGAAAGCCAUUUGGUUUUUCUUUAAUGAAAGCUUUAAAAACCAACAUAAUUCCCUCCUAAUAUACUUUCCUCCAACCAUUAAAUGAUGUUCUUCUGGUAGACCUUUUGUGCAGUACUUUGAUACUUUACCAACAGAGUGCUGUGAAGAUUAUAACUUCUCCCUUUCUUCUUUGCCUUUGCAAAGAAAGAAAAAGACAGAGGUUUUCCAUCAACAAAUAAAUGAAUAGAAAAGGACAGAGAUGUCUUAGAGGCUCAGGAAUCUGUAAACAUUUUUAAAAGAAUAUAUUUCAUAUGAUAUAGAGAUCCUGCUGCAGAGUCUGAGAUGCUUCUUUGUGGGUUUGACUGGACUGGAAUAAGCCUAACUGUGUUUAUGUGUUGGUACCAUAAUUCUUUACAGAUGCAUAUUUGUAUACCUGAAUUAUGUACUCACAAAAAUGCUUCACAGCAGUUGGAACCAGCACAAAACUACUUUGAACUCAAAUAUUAUUUUUGUCUGAAAUCUUGAUUAGUUUGUUCAGAACAAUAAAGUACACUUCUGGCUCUUGUGA